GUCUUGUCCAGAACACAGGCAAUAGAUCUGAGUGUAUUUGGGAUGUCUCCAUAGGAACGCACCUACAUUCCAGAGGACCAAAGGCACACAAACAAGAAUUCCCAGGUAGCAUUUUGUUACUCGGAAACCAUCCCUGCUCCCAUGAAGAAGGAUGAUGCCCAACAGAAAUCAGACAUUGAGCUUCUUCAGUUUUCCCUGAUUCUCAUCCAAUCCUGGCUGACCCCGAUGCAGUACUUAAGCAAGAUGUUCACAAACAAUCUGGUUUUUGGCACCUCAGACAGAGUAUAUGAAAAACUAAAGGACCUGGAAGAAGGGAUUCAAGCUCUGAUGAGGGAGCUGCAGGACCGAAGCCCACAGGGUCCCCAGAUCCUCAAAGCCACUUAUGAGAAAUUUGACAUCCACCUGCGCAGUGAGGACGCACUGCUGCAGAACUACGGCUUGCUCUCCUGCUUCAAGAAGGACCUGCACAAGGUGGAGACCUACCUGAAGGUGAUGAAGUGCCGGCGCUAUGGAGAGGGGAACUGCACCAUUUGACACCAGGGACAGCUCUGUUCCCACUCCAGCCUCCUGCUGACCAUGGCUGCACUACUCCUCUGAAAGAAAGCUGGAGAAUAAACCUGCUACUGCCAA